ACUUGAAAUUUCAUUAUGUGGAUGCGCCUGUGGAUGUAUGGUUUUUUUCAUUUUAUAACAGCAAGCGCGCACUAUGAAAAACUUGGUUGUUGGAAAGACGCGGCAGACAGAGCAGUAGCAACUUUGGAAGGUUUAACAACAUUACUUGAUGGUCCCUACAAAAAUCGUGCCGAUGCUAUUAAAAAAUGUUAUGAAGUUUCUAAACAACGAGGGUUUGCCAUAUUUGCAAUUCAGGAUGGUGGUUGGUGCGCAGCUAAUAACGGAGAAUCUUACAAAAAAUAUGGAUCAUCAAACGACUGUAAAGAAGACGGAAAGGGAGGUCCUUGGGCAAAUCAAGUAUAUAAAAUUACUGAGAAUUUACCGUUUAAUCAUGUUGGCUGCUGGAAAGAUUCUGCUGACAGAGCUAUUGCAACUUUAGAAGGUUUAGUAACUAUUUUAGAUGGUUUUUAUAAGAAUCGCGCAGAAGCAAUUGAAAAAUGUUACACAGCAGCGAAGCAGCUCAAUUUUGAGUACUUUGCAGUACAAGAUGGUGGGUGGUGUGCAGCUGGCAAUGGUGUUGCAUACAAAAAAUAUGGAGAUUCUUGCGAUUGUAAAGGAGAUGGAAAAGGAGGUCCUUGGGCUAACGAUGUUUACAAAAUUAAACCAACUUCAUUAUUUCAAAAUUUGGGAUGCUGGAAAGACACUGCUGACAGAGCUGUAGCGACUUUAGAAGGUUCAGUAGCACUUCUGGAUGGUUCGGAUUACACAAAUCGUGCAGAUGCUAUUAAAAAGUGUUACGAGGCCGCUAAACUAAGAGGAUUUACAGUGUUUGCAGUUCAAAACGGAGGCUGGUGUGCAGCCGGCAACGGAGAAUCGUACAAAAAGUACGGCGCUUCAAACGACUGCAAAGGAGACGGAAAGGGAGGUCCAUGGGCAAACCAAGUUUACAAAAUCGCUGAGAAACUGCCAUAUAACUACGCAGGUUGCUGGAAAGAUACUGCUGAUAGGGCUGUUGCAACGUUGGAAGGUUUAGUUGCUAUUUUGGAUGGUCCAUAUAAAAACCGUGCUGAUGCCAUCAAAAAAUGUUACACAGCAGCUAAACAGCGCAAUUUCGCAUACUUUGCUGUUCAAGAUGGUGGAUGGUGCGCAGCUGGCAGUGGUAUUGCAUACAAAAAGUAUGGAUCGUCAGGUGACUGUCGUGCAGAUGGCAAAGGAGGUCCUUGGGCUAAUGAUGUUUACAUAAUUAAAGACGCUUUGCCGUUCGGAAAUUUGGGAUGCUGGAAAGACACUGCUGACAGAGCUGUAGCGACUUUAGAAGGUUCAGUAGCACUUCUGGAUGGUUCGGAUUACACAAAUCGUGCAGAUGCUAUUAAAAAGUGUUACGAGGCCGCUAAACUAAGAGGAUUUACAGUGUUUGCAGUUCAAAACGGAGGCUGGUGUGCAGCCGGCAACGGAGAAUCGUACAAAAAGUACGGCGCUUCAAACGACUGCAAAGGAGACGGAAAGGGAGGUCCAUGGGCAAACCAAGUUUACAAAAUCGCUGAGAAACUGCCAUAUAACUACGCAGGUUGCUGGAAAGAUACUGCUGAUAGGGCUGUUGCAACGUUGGAAGGUUUAGUUGCUAUUUUGGAUGGUCCAUAUAAAAACCGUGCUGAUGCCAUCAAAAAAUGUUACACAGCAGCUAAACAGCGCAAUUUCGCAUACUUUGCUGUUCAAGAUGGUGGAUGGUGCGCAGCUGGCAGUGGUAUUGCAUACAAAAAGUAUGGAUCGUCAGGUGACUGUCGUGCAGAUGGCAAAGGAGGUCCUUGGGCUAAUGAUGUUUACAUAAUUAAAGACGCUUUGCCGUUCGGAAAUUUGGGAUGCUGGAAAGACACUGCUGACAGAGCUGUAGCGACUUUAGAAGGUUCAGUAGCACUUCUGGAUGGUUCGGAUUACACAAAUCGUGCAGAUGCUAUUAAAAAGUGUUACGAGGCCGCUAAACUAAGAGGAUUUACAGUGUUUGCAGUUCAAAACGGAGGCUGGUGUGCAGCCGGCAACGGAGAAUCGUACAAAAAGUACGGCGCUUCAAACGACUGCAAAGGAGACGGAAAGGGAGGUCCAUGGGCAAACCAAGUUUACAAAAUCGCUGAGAAACUGCCAUAUAACUACGCAGGUUGCUGGAAAGAUACUGCUGAUAGGGCUGUUGCAACGUUGGAAGGUUUAGUUGCUAUUUUGGAUGGUCCAUAUAAAAACCGUGCUGAUGCCAUCAAAAAAUGUUACACAGCAGCUAAACAGCGCAAUUUCGCAUACUUUGCUGUUCAAGAUGGUGGAUGGUGCGCAGCUGGCAGUGGUAUUGCAUACAAAAAGUAUGGAUCGUCAGGUGACUGUCGUGCAGAUGGCAAAGGAGGUCCUUGGGCUAAUGAUGUUUACAUAAUUAAAGACGCUUUGCCGUUCGGAAAUUUGGGAUGCUGGAAAGACACUGCUGACAGAGCUGUAGCGACUUUAGAAGGUUCAGUAGCACUUCUGGAUGGUUCGGAUUACACAAAUCGUGCAGAUGCUAUUAAAAAGUGUUACGAGGCCGCUAAACUAAGAGGAUUUACAGUGUUUGCAGUUCAAAACGGAGGCUGGUGUGCAGCCGGCAACGGAGAAUCGUACAAAAAGUACGGCGCUUCAAACGACUGCAAAGGAGACGGAAAGGGAGGUCCAUGGGCAAACCAAGUUUACAAAAUCGCUGAGAAACUGCCAUAUAACUACGCAGGUUGCUGGAAAGAUACUGCUGAUAGGGCUGUUGCAACGUUGGAAGGUUUAGUUGCUAUUUUGGAUGGUCCAUAUAAAAACCGUGCUGAUGCCAUCAAAAAAUGUUACACAGCAGCUAAACAGCGCAAUUUCGCAUACUUUGCUGUUCAAGAUGGUGGAUGGUGCGCAGCUGGCAGUGGUAUUGCAUACAAAAAGUAUGGAUCGUCAGGUGACUGUCGUGCAGAUGGCAAAGGAGGUCCUUGGGCUAAUGAUGUUUACAUAAUUAAAGACGCUUUGCCGUUCGGAAAUUUGGGAUGCUGGAAAGACACUGCUGACAGAGCUGUAGCGACUUUAGAAGGUUCAGUAGCACUUCUGGAUGGUUUGGAUUACACAAAUCGUGCAGAUGCUAUUAAAAAGUGUUACGAGGCCGCUAAACUAAGAGGAUUUACAGUGUUUGCAGUUCAAAACGGAGGCUGGUGUGCAGCCGGCAACGGAGAAUCGUACAAAAAGUACGGCGCUUCAAACGACUGCAAAGGAGACGGAAAGGGAGGUCCAUGGGCAAACCAAGUUUACAAAAUCGCUGAGAAACUGCCAUAUAACUACGCAGGUUGCUGGAAAGAUACUGCUGAUAGGGCUGUUGCAACGUUGGAAGGUUUAGUUGCUAUUUUGGAUGGUCCAUAUAAAAACCGUGCUGAUGCCAUCAAAAAAUGUUACACAGCAGCUAAACAGCGCAAUUUCGCAUACUUUGCUGUUCAAGAUGGUGGAUGGUGCGCAGCUGGCAGUGGUAUUGCAUACAAAAAGUAUGGAUCGUCAGGUGACUGUCGUGCAGAUGGCAAAGGAGGUCCUUGGGCUAAUGAUGUUUACAUAAUUAAAGACGCUUUGCCGUUCGGAAAUUUGGGAUGCUGGAAAGACACUGCUGACAGAGCUGUAGCGACUUUAGAAGGUUCAGUAGCACUUCUGGAUGGUUCGGAUUACACAAAUCGUGCAGAUGCUAUUAAAAAGUGUUACGAGGCCGCUAAACUAAGAGGAUUUACAGUGUUUGCAGUUCAAAACGGAGGCUGGUGUGCAGCCGGCAACGGAGAAUCGUACAAAAAGUACGGCGCUUCAAACGACUGCAAAGGAGACGGAAAGGGAGGUCCAUGGGCAAACCAAGUUUACAAAAUCGCUGAGAAACUGCCAUAUAACUACGCAGGUUGCUGGAAAGAUACUGCUGAUAGGGCUGUUGCAACGUUGGAAGGUUUAGUUGCUAUUUUGGAUGGUCCAUAUAAAAACCGUGCUGAUGCCAUCAAAAAAUGUUACACAGCAGCUAAACAGCGCAAUUUCGCAUACUUUGCUGUUCAAGAUGGUGGAUGGUGCGCAGCUGGCAGUGGUAUUGCAUACAAAAAGUAUGGAUCGUCAGGUGACUGUCGUGCAGAUGGCAAAGGAGGUCCUUGGGCUAAUGAUGUUUACAUAAUUAAAGACGCUUUGCCGUUCGGAAAUUUGGGAUGCUGGAAAGACACUGCUGACAGAGCUGUAGCGACUUUAGAAGGUUCAGUAGCACUUCUGGAUGGUUCGGAUUACACAAAUCGUGCAGAUGCUAUUAAAAAGUGUUACGAGGCCGCUAAACUAAGAGGAUUUACAGUGUUUGCAGUUCAAAACGGAGGCUGGUGUGCAGCCGGCAACGGAGAAUCGUACAAAAAGUACGGCGCUUCAAACGACUGCAAAGGAGACGGAAAGGGAGGUCCAUGGGCAAACCAAGUUUACAAAAUCGCUGAGAAACUGCCAUAUAACUACGCAGGUUGCUGGAAAGAUACUGCUGAUAGGGCUGUUGCAACGUUGGAAGGUUUAGUUGCUAUUUUGGAUGGUCCAUAUAAAAACCGUGCUGAUGCCAUCAAAAAAUGUUACACAGCAGCUAAACAGCGCAAUUUCGCAUACUUUGCUGUUCAAGAUGGUGGAUGGUGCGCAGCUGGCAGUGGUAUUGCAUACAAAAAGUAUGGAUCGUCAGGUGACUGUCGUGCAGAUGGCAAAGGAGGUCCUUGGGCUAAUGAUGUUUACAUAAUUAAAGACGCUUUGCCGUUCGGAAAUUUGGGAUGCUGGAAAGACACUGCUGACAGAGCUGUAGCGACUUUAGAAGGUUCAGUAGCACUUCUGGAUGGUUCGGAUUACACAAAUCGUGCAGAUGCUAUUAAAAAGUGUUACGAGGCCGCUAAACUAAGAGGAUUUACAGUGUUUGCAGUUCAAAACGGAGGCUGGUGUGCAGCCGGCAACGGAGAAUCGUACAAAAAGUACGGCGCUUCAAACGACUGCAAAGGAGACGGAAAGGGAGGUCCAUGGGCAAACCAAGUUUACAAAAUCGCUGAGAAACUGCCAUAUAACUACGCAGGUUGCUGGAAAGAUACUGCUGAUAGGGCUGUUGCAACGUUGGAAGGUUUAGUUGCUAUUUUGGAUGGUCCAUAUAAAAACCGUGCUGAUGCCAUCAAGAAAUGUUACACAGCAGCUAAACAGCGCAAUUUCGCAUACUUUGCUGUUCAAGAUGGUGGAUGGUGCGCAGCUGGCAGUGGUAUUGCAUACAAAAAGUAUGGAUCGUCAGGUGACUGUCGUGCAGAUGGCAAAGGAGGUCCUUGGGCUAAUGAUAUUUAUGUUAUUAAUUGUAUUUGAAUAACUUUUCUUGUGUGAUUUAAGACUAGGUUUUUUUUAUAUUGAAAAAUGUUUUUUUUUA